GAGAGAUGAUGUAGCGGAGGGCUGUUAGAGUUGGGGUACUGUGGUUCGGAUGCGGUUGGACUUGAUGAUCUUUGAGGUCCUUUCCAACCUGAGUAAUUCUAUGAUUCUAUGGUUCUGGGGGAGUCAGCGUCCAUGGAGGUGUUCCAGAAGCGUGGGGAUGUGGCACUGAGGGACGCGGGCAGCGGGCAGCUGCGGGGGUGGACGGUGGCACUUGGUGAUCUUAGAGGUCUUUGCCAACCAGAGAGAUUCUGUCAUUCUGUGAAUGGAGCCAUUUAUUGCAACGAGAGGUAAUCAGCAGCAAAGAACCACAAAGUAAAGCCUCGAGAACAUCACGGGAACACGGAAACACUUGACUGGGAUACUGAUGGAGCCACGGGCCCGGCAGCAUUCAGGUGGGGCCAGGAGGCUGGAUGUGUGGCCCAGUGCCUUCAGCAGCACCAACACGCCGGGUUCCUGCGGGGCUGCGUCCGGCACCGGGCCCCUCACUCUGCGCUGGCUGCAGGAGCCGCCGCCCUCCUGCUGGGGUGCCCUCACCCCUGUGACGUGUGAUGGCGUCACCGAGGGUGUCAGAGAGGGGCCAUUGUGACGCAUGGGGUGUGGAGCAGAGCUCAGGCUGCGGGGCUCAGGCGGAGCUCAGUGCGACUUGGUGAGGUUGGCACGUGGAGGAGAAAGCCCAGCACUGAUGGGACAGACACUCCGCAAGUGGUUGCCGUCAACGCGCACGGUGUGCGUGGAGACACAGGAGGCCGCCGGCUCGAGGGAGCCUGCAUGCGUGCUCUGUGGCCGAGUGGAUGAGGACUCGAGCAUCCUUGGGCACAAAAAAGAGCUCGGUGGAUUCUAUUUCCAUGAGUUUUGUGCGAUGUUUGCCAAUGAUCUCUGUGAACAUGUGGAAGCUGGCAGAAUGGCACAAUUUUCCAGAAAAGACCUGAUACGCACAGUGAGGCAGGCAGAGCAGACGCUCUGCUUCGUCUGUGGCAAGACAGGGGCCACCAUCACCUGCGCAGCGUUGGGCUGCGACCGCAGCUUCCAUCUCCCCUGCGCCUCGGAGGGCCAAUGUGUCACCCUGUACAUUGGAAAGUUCCGGUCCUUGUGCUGGGAGCACCGCCCGCAGCAGGCAGUGGAGGCAGCGCCGGCGCAGGACACGACCUGCAUCAUCUGCAUGGAGCCCGUGGGGGACAGCAGGUCGUACAGCACCAUGGUGUGCCCAUCCUGCCAACACGCCUGGUUCCACCGGGCCUGCAUCCAGGAACAGGCCAUGCGUGCCGGCAUCUAUUGCUUCCAGUGCCCCCUCUGCAGAGACAGGGACUGGUUUCUUCGAGACAUGGUCACUAUGGGGAUCCGAAUCCCAUUCAGAAAACCAACAUGGGAGGACAACAAUGCCUAUGCAUCCCUGCGAAUUCGACACGAUCGCUGUGAUGCCAGCAGCUGCCUUUACCCACGCGGCAGGGAGCGGGCAGAGAGAGAGGGGCCCUGGCAGCUGCUCCUCUGCAGCUCCUGUGCUGCACAAGGCACCCAUCGGCGCUGCUCCUUCUUGAGUCAGGGCACAGCCAGCUGGGAGUGCAACGCCUGUGCUGGAGAGGGCACCGCCUCCGGCAGCGGUGUGGACAGAGCUGGCCCCAGCACCGCCAGCCAGCAGGGACUGCCGCCUCUCAUAGGCCCCAUAACAUUGGAGAGCAGCAGCACCUCCAGCACCACCAGCACCUCCAGCACCUCCAGCACCACCAGCACCACCAGCACCACCAGCCAGGCACCGUCGGGGCCAGCUCACGUUCCCAAGGUGCCUGAGAGCGGCGUCCCGCCUAACCAGCACAGGACAAAAUGGCGGAGAAUCUGCACACGUUUACAUCGCAUUGACGAUGAAUGGAACGAGCCCCAAGAAUGCUGCGGGAGCAGCCGUGCUGCAGCCCUGCUGAGCGUUGAGAGCAGCACCCCGAACUCUGCCAGCCAGGGUACAUCACGUCCCUCAAGGCACUCCCGUGCAGCUGGCUCCAGCCACCGGCGCAGACGGGGACAGCAGGAUCGCACAAGAAGCCGCUCUCCGCUGCAGCGCCAGGCCGCAGGUUCCCCGAGCCAGCCCCAAAGGCACCGUGGGAGCAGGCAGGCACCAGCCCUUAGUGAUGAGAGCGGCACCCACAGACACACAGGACAAGGAACACCGAGGUCCUCAAGAGUUUCCGCAGCGGCUGCUGGAAGCCGGUCCAGGCAGCCAGGGCGGGCCCGGACUCGAAGCCGCUCGCCUCGUCAACAUCGGGAUGCAGACACCCGCAGCCAGCCCCACAGACGCCGCAGGAGCCGGUCCAGGCGGCGACGGCCAGCCCAGGGGCGAAGGCCGCUCCCGGGUACCACGUCGGGCCCGGAAUACCCACCGCCGGCCCCACUGAUGCUGUAGGAGCAGCCGUGUGCAAGCUCCACUUGCUAUCCAAAGUCAUCAGAGUCCAUCGCAAUAAAACACAGUUCCAUCAUGC